CACCGGGACACCGGGGAAACCGGGAUACCGGGGAAACCGGGAUACCAGGACACCGGGGCUCCAGGAAAGCGAGACCCCGUGGAUACCGGGAUAUCGUGACACCGGGAAAGUGGGAAACCGGGAUACCGGGCUCGUCGGGAAACCGAGGCACCGGGAAACCGGGAUAUCGAGGUGCCGGGAUACCGGGAUACCGGGAUACCGGGAUACCGGGGCAGCUGCCGCACCGGAGAGCGAGAGGCUCGGAUCGUGGGACAACGGUAUAUCGCGAUAUAUCGAGAAAGCGGGAAGGCACCGGGUCGGAAGGCAACCGAAAAGGGCGGCGGUUACCGGGAAGGGCUGAAAGGCGCCUCCGCAGCGCCGGAGCCGCGGGAAUGUGAGCGGCGCCGCAGAACCACCGGGCGGGAUUAAAGGAGAGGAGAAGGAGACGGAGCCCCUCUCGGCUCUGCGAGUCGCUGGCGAUGGAGCAGAUGAAGGGCUCCGCCGUGGUUCUGCUGGAGCUGCUGGUGCUGCUGGGGGCCCUGCGGGCAGGGCAGGGAUCCGCCGUCCUGGGCACCUUGGAGCUACAAAUCGAUGAGGAGCAACCCGCCGGCACCAUCAUCGGGGACAUCAGCGCGGGGCUGCCGCCGGGAACGAGCGCCUACAUGUAUUUCAUCUCGGCUCAGGAAGGCAGCGGCGUCACCACCGACUUGGGCAUCGAUGAGAACACGGGCAUCAUCCAAACGGCUCGCGUCCUCGACCGAGAGACGCGGGACCGCUACAGCUUCAUCGCCGUCACCCCAGAAGGCGUCACGGUCGAGGUGAACAUCCAAGUGAACGACAUCAAUGACCACGCUCCGGCUUUUCCCAAAGAGCGCGGCACCUUCCAGAUCCCGGAGCACACGCCCGUCGGCAGCCGCUUCCCCUUGGACCCGGCCUUCGACGCCGACAGCGGUCUCCUCAACACGCAAGGUUACGUGAUCAAGGGAGGGAACGUGGGGCAGGCGUUCCGCCUGGAAACGCGCCGAGGACCCAACGGCGUCCUCUAUCUCGACCUGGUGGUCAGCAACGUCUUGGAUCGGGAGAACCGCUCGUCGUACUCGCUGCUCUUGGAAGCCUAUGAUGGUGGAUCUCCUCCCCGGAGCAGCCAGAUGACGUUGGACGUGUCCAUCCAGGACAUCAACGACAACGCUCCGACCUUCAACCAGAGCCGCUACCACACUCUCAUCUCGGAGAACCUGAAACCGGGCAGCAGCAUCCUGCAGGUCUUCGCUUCCGACGCGGAUGAAGGCGACAACGGGGAUGUGGUCUACGAGAUCAACCGGCGGCAGAGCGAUCCCGACCAAUACUUCACCAUCGACUCCCGGACUGGAGUCAUCAAACUCAACAAAGGUCUGGACUACGAAGUGAAGAAGGUGCACGAGCUGGUGGUGCAGGCGAGGGACAGGGCCGUCCAUCCUGAGGUCACCACGGCCUUCGUCACCAUUCACGUGCGCGACUACAACGACAACCAGCCCACCAUGACCAUCAUCUUCCUGAGCGAGGACGGCUCCCCGCAGAUCUCCGAGGGAGCCCAGCCUGGACAGUACGUGGCUCGCAUCUCCGUGUCCGACCCGGAUUAUGGCGAGUACUCCAACGUCAACGUCACGCUGGAGGGAGGCGACGGCAAGUUUGCCCUCACCACCAAGGACAACAUCAUCUACUUGAUCUGCGUGGAUCAACUUCUGGAUCGGGAAGAGAGAGACUCCUACGACCUGCGGGUGACGGCUACGGACUCGGGAACGCCGCCGCUCCGGGCGGAAUCAGCCUUUGUGCUCCAGGUGAUGGAUAUCAACGACAACCCACCUCUCUUUGACCAGCAGGAGUACAAGCAGAGCAUCCCCGAGGUGGUGUACCCCGGCAGCUUCGUCCUGCAGGUGACGGCUCGUGACAAGGACCAAGGUCCCAACGGGGAGGUGCGGUACAGCAUCCUCCACGGCCGAGACGCCCAUUCCAGCUGGUUUGCCAUUGACCCCACCACGGGGAUCAUCACCACCGCCGCCCCGCUGGAUUACGAGAAGGACCCCCAGCCUCAGCUGACCGUGCUGGCCACCGACAGGGGAACCCCGGCCCUCUCUUCUUCAGCCGUGGUCCGUGUGGCCCUGCAGGACGUCAACGACAACGAGCCGGUCUUCAGGAGCAACUUCUACAACGUCUCCCUGAAGGAGAACACCCCCGUCGGGACCUGCUUCUUACAGGUGACAGCCACGGACGCAGACAGUGGCCCCUUCGGCUCCAUCUCCUACUCCAUCGGCUCCGGCAUCGGCACUGUGGUCCCCACGCAGUUCAGCGUUGAGAAGCACUCGGGGCAGCUCUGCACCACCCAACCCUUGGACCGCGACGAGGGGACAUCCGCCUACGACUUCACCAUCACCGCCGUCGAUGGGGGUGGCCUCAACUCCAUGGUGUACGUGAAGGUCUUCUUGGAGGACAUCAAUGACAACCGCCCGGUGUUCUACCCGCUGGACUACGCCGCCAGCAUCAGCACGCAGAGCAUGCCGGGCACGGCCGUGCUGCGCGUCACCGCCCACGACAAGGACGAGGGGCUGCACGGCAAAGUCACCUACGGCAUCGUCCUGGGCAACUCGCCCCCGCUCUUCUCCCUCAACAAGGACACAGGUGUCAUCUCCCUCUCCUGGUCCCUGAGCGGCAAAGCCAACACGCUGGUGCAGCUGGUGGUCGCGGCGCAGGAUGGAGGAGGGCUGCAGGCGCAGCCCAACGCCCGCGUCAACAUCAGCAUCGUGGAGGGCACGGUCUCACCUCCCGUCUUCGAGCAAGCCCAGUACUUCUUCACCGUCCCCGAGGACACUCCGCAAGGCAGCGGCGUCGGCGCCGUGAGGGCCCAGAACCCUCCAGGUCACGCCGAGGCCAUCUUUUACUCCAUCUCCUCGGGGGAUCCUCACGGCUACUUCUCCAUCGACUCCUCGUCGGGGCAGCUCCGCACCAGCCUGGCCCUGGACCACGAAUCCCAGGCGGUCCUCCUUCUGGAUGUCCAAGCCCGAAGCGGUUCCCCUCCAGCCUACAGCAACACCCGCGUGAAGAUCUCCGUCUCGGAUGUCAACGACAACGCCCCGUCCUUCCCCGCGCCCUCUGACUCCAUCCUUCUGCCCGAGGCCACCGAGCCCGGCACCACCGUCUACACGUUGCAAGCGGAGGACCGCGACAGCGGCGCCAACGGCCAAGUCAGCUUCGAGCUGGCGUCGGGCGGCGACGGCGCCUUCAGCGUGGAGCGCUCCUCGGGAGCCGUGCGGUUGGUGGCGGCCCUGCGGUACGAAGCCAACGCCGCCUACGCCUUGGCCGUGGUGGCCCGCGACGGCGGCGUCCCCCAGCUCAGCUCCACCUUCACGCUGUUGGUGCACGUCCAAGCCGAGCACGACAACGGCCCCAUCUUCGACACCCUCACCUACCGCGUGGAGGUGCGGGAGGGCGUCCCCGUCGCCACCCGCUUCCUGCAGGUGCGGGCGUUGGCGCGGGAGGCAGAACCCGGCGGCCUCACCUACCAGCUGCGCGCCGACGGGGAGGCGGCCAGCUUCGGCAUCGUGCCGGAGAGCGGUUGGCUUUACGUCAAGAGCGCCUUGGACCGCGAGACGCGGGAUCUCUACGUCUUGACGGUUUUGGCUUCGGCGGGAGGAGAACCGAGGAAAACCGGCACCAGCACCGUCCGGGUCAGCGUCACCGAUGAGAACGACAACAGCCCUCGGUUGAGCGAGGAGCGGUACUUCUUCACCGUUGCCGAGAACCAAAGUCCCGGGAGUAGCGUGGGGAGGGUGACGGCGAGCGACCGCGACGCGGGGCAGAACAGCCGCCUCAGCUACCGCCUCCUCCAGCACGACCCCAACUUCCUCAUCCACCCGCAGACAGGUGAGCUGAGCACGAAGCAGAGCUUGGACCGGGAGCAGCAAUCCAGCUCCCAACUCCUGGUCCUGGUGCAGGACGGAGGAGCGCCGCCGCGCAGCGCCACCGGAACCAUCUACGUCACCGUGUUGGAUGAGAACGACAACGCUCCCUCUUUCCUCCACGUGGGCAGCGGUCAGGAGCUCCUCGUGCAGGUGCUGGAGGAGAAGCCGUCGGGACUUCUGGUGGCCUCCCUGCAGGCCAAGGACCCGGAUGAGGGUGAGAACGGGACCAUCAGCUACUCCCUCACAGGAGCCUGGGCCGAGCGUUUCACGCUGCACGUGGCAACUGGAGAGCUGCGGACGGCCACCGUUCUACGCCGCUCCGAUCGUCCCGAGUACAUCUUCACCGUGACGGCCAGUGACCGGGGGGCGGUGCCGCACAGCACCUCCGCCAUCAUUCGCAUCCAGGUCCUUCCGUCCUCCCGGGCGCUGCCACGGCCCGACGCCACCGUCUUGACUUUACAACCUCUCGAAGGCAUCAAACCAGGGUCCGUCAUCGGCUCGGUGGCACCUCCAGACGCGCCGGCGCGAGGGCAGAUGACCUACACGGUGGUAGGAGGCGGUGGGGACGGCACUUUCGUGGUGGACAGCGUGACCGGGGAGAUCUACGCUGCCCGGGAGUUGGACUACGAAGCCGGGGCACGGUACGUGCUCCAGGUGAGCGCCGAGGACACGCAGCACGGUUACCCCUCCAGCCGGUUGGUGGUGGUCCACAUCCACGUGCAGGACUGCAACGACCAAACGCCCACCUUCCCCGAAGACCCCAUCACCAUCGUGGUGCCCGAGAACACCCAGGCCGGCGCCUCCGUCUUCACCUUCCAAGCGUUGGAUGGCGACGGCGUGGGUCCCAACAGCCAAGUCCGCUACUCCUUGCUCCACCAGGAGCCUCCCGACGCCCCCUUCCAGCUCGACGGGCGCUCGGGGCUCCUCACCCUCCGGCAGAGCCUCGACCGCGAGGCCGCCGCCUCCUUCCUCUUGGUGGUGGAGGCCACGGACCAGGCUCGCAACGUCAGCCAGCGCCGCUCGUCAGCCGUCACGGCCCGGGUCUUUGUGACCGACGAGAACGACAACGCGCCCGUCUUCUCCUCGCCCGACGCCGUCAGCAUCGUGGAGGACCAACCGACGGGGUUCGUGGCGCUGCACGUCUGGGCCCAGGACGACGAUCUAGGAGAGAACGGGCGCGUGAGCUACGCGUUGCGUGCGGGCAACAGCGAUGGGCGCUUCCACCUCAACCCCAGCACUGGUGCCCUCUCCAUCGUUCGAGCCCUCAACCGGGAGGAGGUGGCUCAGCACAACCUGACGGUGGUGGCCACGGACCACGGCUUCCCGCGCCGCUCGGCCACGCAGCUCCUGUCCGUCCUGGUGUUGGAUGUCAACGAUGAGGCUCCCACCUUUGAGAAAGCCGAGUAUGAAGCCCACGUCAUGGAGAACUUGCCCGCCGGCAGCCCCGUGCUGCAGGUGUCGGCCACCGACCGGGACCUGGGUGCCAACGGGGAAGUGACCUACGGGGGCCUCUCUGGGGGCCUCUUCUCCAUCCACCCGCAGACGGGGCUCAUCGUCACCACGCGCCCCCUGGACCGCGAGGAGCAGGAGCACCACGUGCUGAUGGUCUACGCCCGGGACGCCGGGCUGCCCCCCAACCUCUCCAAGGUCACCGUGAGGGUAACGGUCGGGGAUGAGAACGACCACGCGCCGCUCCUGGAGAGCGAAUCCUGCUCCCUGGAGGUCCCCGAGAACCAGAGCCGCGUGGCGCUCUACACCCUGCGCGCCACCGACCCCGACGGAGGCGACAACGGGCGCUUGGAGUACCGGGUGGCAGACGGAGACCCCGAGCAGGAUUUCAGCCUCGACCCCAUCUCCGGUGUCCUCUCCACCACCCGCGCCCUCGACCGGGAGCGCGCCGCCUCCUACAGCCUGGCGGUGGUGGUGCGAGACGGCGGCGCGCCGCCGCGCAGCGCCACCAUGGUGGUGAGCGUGCGGGUGUUGGACCUCAACGACAACGCGCCCCGCUUCGCCCAGGCCUCCUACGCGGUGGAGGUGCCGGAGGACCUGCCGGUGGGCGCCCUGGUGCUGCAGCUGGCGGCCCACGACCCCGACGAGGGCCCCAACGGCCGCGUCUCCUACUACCUGGGCAACGAGUCGCUCGGCGCCUUCCAGGUGGAGCCGCAGAGCGGGCGCCUCCGCAGCGCCCGAGCCCUGGACCGCGAGCGCCGCCCCACCUACAGCUUCUUGGCCAAGGCGGUGGACUCGGCCCCGCGGGAGCCCAAAAGCGCCGCCGUGCGCGUCACCGUCACCGUGCAGGACGUCAACGACCACGCUCCCGCCUUCCCGCACAGCCCGCUCGCCCUCAACCUGUCCCGCCACGCGCCGCCGAAGCAGGUGGUGGCCACCGUGAGGGCCGAGGACAGGGACGCGGGCGCCAACGCCUCCAUCCUCUACCGCUUGGCCGCCCCCAACGCCGCCUUCGCCAUCGACUCCUACACGGGGGACAUCCAGCUGCUGCGGCCCCUGGGCUCGCUCCACCCGCGCCAGCGCACCCUCUUCGUCUUGGCCACGGACUUGGGGCAACCGGCGCUCUCCUCCACCGGCGUGGUGGUGAUCCACCUGCAGGAAGAACCCUACCGGGGGCUGCGCUUCCCCCGCGGCACCAGCGAGGUGGCUCUGCCGGAAAACGCCGCUCCGGGCACCGUGGUGGCGAACGUCCAAGCCGUGCACACGGGGGGCUCCUCUGGGAGCAUCACCUACAGCAUCGUCAGCGGCAACGAGAAGAAGGCUUUCCUGAUCCAGCCCAGCACAGGUGCCAUCUCCGUGCGGGAUUCCAGCAGCCUGGAUUUCGAGGCCAAUCCGCGGCUGCGCUUGGUGGUCCAAGCGGAGACAACGGCUUCCUUCGGCUUCAUGGCCAUCAACCUCAACCUGCAGGACGUCAACGACAACUUCCCGCGCUUCCAGCUCCAGAACUACGUGGCCUUCAUCUGGGAAUCGCAGAGCUACGACUCGCCCGUUAUCCAGGUCCUGGCCGAUGAUCUGGACCAGGGAGCCAACGGUCAGGUGACCUACGCCAUCAAUCAGUCUUUGCCGAUGACGGGUUUGUACCACAUCGACCCCCAGAGCGGUACCAUCACCACCGCGGCCAUCCUGGACAGAGAGAUUUGGUCCCAGACCCGCUUGGUGGUGACGGCGAUGGACAGAGGGACGCCGCCUCUGGUGGGCUCAGCCACGUUGACCGUCGUGGUGAUGGACCUCAACGACAACAGCCCCACCAUCCCCUUCCCGCGGGAGGUGCGGGUCCCGGAGAACGCGCUCUUGGGCACGCAGAUCGCUCAGUUGACCGGCAACGACGUGGACACGGGCCCCGCGCUCUCCUACGCGCUGGUGGACGGCGAUGCCGCCGCCGGCACCUUCGCCGUCUUCCGCUACGGGGGUGGCAUCGCCCUGACGGCGCCGUUGGACCACGAGCGGCGCAGCUCCUACACCGUCACCCUGCGCGCCUCCGACGGCCGCCACGAGACCCAGGCCAACCUCACCAUCCUCGUGGAGGACGUCAACGACAACGCCCCCACCUUCAGCCAGGCCUUCUACCAGGUUCUGGUGCCGGAGCACACACCGCCGGGCACCGUCGUCCUCACCGUCAGCGCCACCGACGCCGACUCGGGGAGCAACGGAGAGGUGACCUUUCACCUCACCGCCCCGAGCCAGGACCUCACCAUCGACCCCCACAACGGGACUCUGCUGACCCUUCGCCGUGUGGAGGCGUCGCAGUCCCCUCUGGAGGUGGUGGUGGAGGCGCGGGACGGCGGUCGCCCGCGGCGCCGCGCGUGGGCCGCGGUGCACGUGGUGGUGCAGGAUGUCAACGACCACGGGCCGCGCUUCCAGGCGCCGCGCUACAACGCCAGCGUGGCUGAGGACCUGCGGCCCGGCACCACCGUGCUGACGCUGGAGGCGGCCGACGCCGACCUGGCGCGCCCCAACGCCGCCUUCGACUUCACCAUCGUCGGCGGCAACGGCGGCAACGCCUUCCAGGUGGAGAGCGGGCGGGCGCGCGGCGCGCUGGUGCUGCUCGAGCCGCUCGACUUCGAGGCCGUGGCGCUCUACAACCUGACGGUGGCGGCCACGGACCGCGGCGUGCCGCAGCGCAGCGCCGCCGUCACGGUGCUCAUCGCCGUCCGCGACGUCAACGACAACGCCCCCGUCUUCGCCCGCCCCGAGUACCGCGCGGCGGUGAGCGAAAGCGCCGCCCCCGGCACCGAAGUGCUGCGCGUGGCCGCCCACGACGCCGACUCGGGGCCGCGCGGCACCGUCCGGUACUCCAUCAGCUCCGGCGACCGGCGCGGGUUCUUCCGGCUGCACGAGAGCAGCGGAGCGCUGAGCGUGGCGCGGGCGCUGGACCGCGAGGCGCAGGCGCUGCACGCGCUGGUGGUGCGGGCGACGGACGCGGCGGGCGGGCGCUUCGCGCUGGUGCCGGUGGCCGUCGAGGUCAAGGACGUCAACGACAACAAACCCUACUUCCCGGUGGAGGUGGUGAGCGCCAGCGUGCGCGAGAACCUCCCGCCCGGCACGCUGCUCACCACGCUGCGUGCCGUCGACGCCGACGCCGGCGCCUUCGGCCGGCUGCGCUACGCCGUGCUGGAGGAGGAGGAGGCGGCGGCAGAGCCCGGCGCCGCCGACGGGCGCCGCGCCUUCACCGUCAACAGCAGCUCCGGCGAACUGCGCUCGCGCCUCACCUUCGACUACGAGCGAACCAAAGCCUUCCGGCUGCUGGUGAGCGCCACCGACGCCGGCAACGCCUCGGCCACCGCCACGGUGCGCGUGACGGUGACCGGCGAGGACGAGUACGACCCCAUCUUCCUCAGCCCGGCCUUCAGCUUCGAGGUGCCGGAGGGCGCCCGCCGCGGGCAGAGCAUCGGCCGCGUGUUGGCCACCGACGAGGACGAAGGCGCCGACGGCGUCGUGCUCUACUCCUUGGCCAAACCCUCGCCGUACUUCGCCAUCAACCGGACGACGGGCGCCAUCUGGCUGCGGGUGGACAGCCGGGCGCCGGCGGGCCGCGCCAAGCGGGAGCCGCGCGAGAUGAGCCUGGAGGUGAUGGCGCGCGGGCCGCUGCCCGCCUCGCGCUCGGCCGCCGCCCGCGUCACCAUCGACGUCACGCACACCUCCUUCGGGCUGGCGCCGGACCUCAACCUCCUGCUGGUGGCCGUGGCCGCCUCGCUGGGCGUGGUGGUGGUGCUGGCGGCCGUGGCCAUCGUCCUGGCGCUCAUCCGGCACCGGCGCGGCCGCCACAAGCCCGAGGCCGACGGUGCGCUGGGCCGCGCGCCGAGCGGGUCGCUGCAGAAGCUCGGCCGCGAGGAGCCGGCGCUGCCCGGCGCCGAGCACAUCUACCACCAAGCGCUGCCCGGCUACGGCGCCGAAGCGGGCGGCGCCUACACGCGCGGCGGCUCCUUGGACCCCUCGCACUCCAGCGGGCGCGGCUCGGCCGAAGCGGCCGAAGACGACGAGAUCCGGAUGAUCAACGAGUACCCGCGCGUGGCGAGCAUCACGGCCGCCAUGCAGGAGCACCGCGGCCCCGACUCCGGCAUCCAGCAGGACGCCGACCAACUCUCCGACAUCUCCUGCGAGCCCACCGCCAUGGAGGCCGCCCAGUGGUUCAAGAGCAAGAAGGGAGCGGCGCUGCUGCUGCCGGGGCCGCCGCCAUCGCUCUACCGCGAGGAAGGGGGCGGCAGCGCCUUCCUGGGCGUUCGCUGCGGCCUCGGCGUCUCCUCGGCGCCGCAGGACUACGCCUUCCCGGAGGACGGCAAACCCUCGGUGGAGGGAUCGCUGACGGCCAUCGUGGCGGGCGAGGAGGAGCUGCGCGGCAGCUACAACUGGGAUUACCUCCUCAACUGGUGCCCCCGCUUCCAGCCGCUCGCCAGCGUCUUCACCGAGAUCGCGCGCCUCAAGGACGAGAGCGCCGCCCGCAAACCACCGGCGGCGGCCAAAGCCGAGCCCAAGCCCCGCAUCGACCCUCCGCCCCUCAUCACCUCCGUCGCCCACCCCGGCGCCAAAUCGGUGCCGCCCAAACCGCCGCCCGGCCGGACCUUGGCGGCGGCGCCGCGCCGCUCGCCCAUCAGCCACGAGGGCUCCAUCGCGUCGGCCGCCAUGUCGCCCAGCUUCUCGCCCUCGCUCUCGCCGCUGGCCGCCCGCUCGCCCGUCGUCUCGCCCUUCGGCGUCGCCCAAGGGCCGGCGGCCGCCGCCAUCAGCGCCGACCGCGCGCUGGAGACGCCCGACGAGGCCGAGCUCAGGAUUUAGCGCCCACGCGGCUCUCCCGGCGCUCCGCGGAUCCUCCGGGGACCUUUCGACGCCCUCCGGACCAUCGGGGAUCUCCGAUGCCGACACCGCGCGGCUCUUCGGACUCGCGGGACGGCGCUUCCCACGUCGACCCUCACGCCUCGCGCUCC